AAUGAUAUUGUGAAAGCAUUAUUAUGAGAGAUUGCGGAUUUAAAAAACACUCGUUGAGUCAGCACAAUCAUCAAUAAAAUAUAAUAGGAGCAAUGAAUGCAAAUUUGAAAAUUGAGAUUAUAACACUGGAUUAGGGUAUAAUGGAUUACAUCAAUUUGUAGAAAAAACUAAGACUUCAGAUUAAGAGAGUUAAAUCUAUUUUUUUUUUCUUCUCAACUAAGAUUGUGGUCUAGUGGAUCGACAUCAACGGUUGUAAUUUAUCCAAGUAGAUACAAUCUGCACUCGCAAAAUACACAUGAUAUCCUGUUAAAAACUAAACAGAUGCUAUCUCUCUUGUUAUCUGUUGGCAUAUGAAAAGUUUGUUUCUUUUUGUUCAUCAUUCUCUACGACGCAGAUUAUCGUACCGUUUCCAACACCAUAAACCAUUGUCGUCUUCAUCGGUUCACACCAAAAAACCAAAAUGGAACUCGCCAACCAACGUGAUAAUCACGAACCCAACCCUCGUAGUGAUGGAAUCAUGUUCCACCAUGCGUCAACUGAGACAGAUUCAAGCACGCAUGACAGUCACUGGUCUUAUUACCCACGCGUUUCCAGUCAGCAGGGUCAUCGCGUUCUGCGCACUCGCCGAUUCUGGAGAUAUUCACUACGCACACAUUCUUUUCGAUCGCUUCCAAGAACCCAAUACUUUUAUGUGGAACACCAUGAUUAGAGGCUAUGGAAAUGCUCGAUUACCUGCCGUGGCAUUCUCUUUCUUUCUCUAUAUGAUUCGACGACGCGUUGAAAUGGAUUCUAGAAGCUUCGUUUUUGCGCUAAAGGCUUGCGAGCAGUUUUCUGGGGUUUAUGAAGGAGAAUCGGUGCAUUGUUUAGUUUGGAAAAUGGGAUUUGAUUAUGAGUUACUUGUGCGAAAUGGGUUGAUUCAUUUUUACUCUGAACGUGGUUUGUUGAAACAUGCACGUGAAGUGUUUGAUGAAAGUUCUGAUAAGGAUGUUGUUACUUGGACUACUAUGAUUGAUGGGUACGCGGCACAAAAAUGUUCUCAUGAGGCUAUGGAGGUGUUUAAAUUGAUGUUGUUAGGUGAUGUUGAGCCUAAUGAAGUGACUUUGAUUGCGGUGCUUUCGGCUUGCUCUGAGAUGGGUGACCUUGAAAUGGGGAAAAAAGUUCAUGAAAAAGUGAAAGAGAAGUGUAUGGGGUGUAGUUUGAGUUUGCACAAUGCGUUGUUGGUUAUGUACGUGAAAUGUGGUCAUUUGAUUGCUGCUAGAGAGCUUUUUGAUAGAGUGGAAACCAGGGAUGUUUAUUCGUGGACUUGUAUGGUUAAUGGGUAUGCUAAAUGUGGCGACUUGGAAUCUGCUAGGAGGUUUUUUGAUCAAACUCCUCAGAAAAAUGUGGUUUCUUGGAAUGCAAUGAUUGCAGGAUAUUCUCAGAAUAACAAACCUGAGGAAUCAUUGAAAUUAUUUCAUGAAAUGGUUGGGGGAGGUUUGGUUCCAGAUGAGCACACCUUAGUGAGUGUACUCUCUGCUUGUGGUCAGCUCACUUGCUUGAAUUUGGGUUAUUGGAUUCACCAAUAUUUUGUUGUUGGUAAAAGAAUGUCUCUUAGUGUUACUCUUGCAAACGUGAUGGUAGAUAUGUAUGCCAAAUGUGGAAGCAUAGAUGCAGCAGCAGAAGUUUUCAGUACAAUGCCAGAGAGAAAUCUGAUUUCUUGGAAUUCUAUGAUUGCAGGGUAUGCUGCAAAUGGUAGAGCAAAGCAAGCCAUCAAUGUAUUUGAUCAGAUGAGAAAUGUGGGAUUUAAGCCAGACAAUAUCACAUUUGUGAGUUUGUUGACAGCUUGCAGCCACGGUGGUUUAAUUUCCGAAGGUCGGGAAUAUUUCGACAAUAUGGAGAGAAGCUAUGGGAUAAAACCCCAAAGGGAACACUAUGCAUGCAUGGUUGAUCUACUAGGGCGAACCGGGCUCCUUGAAGAAGCUUACAAAUUAAUAACAAAUAUGCCAAUGCAACCCUGUGAGGCUGCUUGGGGUGCCCUUCUAAAUGCUUGUAGAAUGCAUGGCAAUGUUGAGCUUGCCAGAUUGUCGGCGCGUAAUCUUCUUAGCUUGGAUCCAGAAGACAGUGGAAUAUAUAUGCUGCUGGCAAAUGUUUGUGCUAAUGACAGAAAAUGGAGUGAUGUAAGGAGAGUGAGAAGUUUGAUGAGAGACAAGGGUGUGAAGAAGAUACCUGGUCAUAGCUUAAUAGAGAUAGAUGGUGAUUUUAUAGAAUUUUUGGUGGCUGAUGAAUCACAUCCUCAAUCUGAGGAGAUCUACAAAGUUCUGGAUGAAAUAUUUUUGUUGUCAAAAUUGGAAGAUUGUAGCUGUGAGUUAUAGUCUUCAGUGGCAGAACCACAUCUCUCAAAGACAUUCCCAUUAAAACCCAUUUUAUAUGAUCCUUGUAGUGGAUGUAAUGCCAAAGUAGAUGGUGUAUGCAGUACGGUGCUGCUGGCCUCCGGCUAUGAUCAACGAUUUCCUUGAAAUGCUAGUGAAUUGUAUAUGUAUUUACUAUCCGUAAUGGAAAAUACUAAAGAGGAUUUCGCAUGGUGACUAUAAGGUUUAUCCUGCUGGAAUUGAGGCUAUAAUUUAUUGGCGGCUUUUCUACUGGAAUGCAUUGAUCUUUCUUGGAAAAGAAGUUUACUUGAGUUUCUGGUGGUUGUAAAUGUAAAUAAUAUUUCUUUGGAGCAAGAGGUCGAUCCUAAUUACAUGCAGUCAACGUAUCCAUAGUUGUCUAAUUAAGAUAAUAGGAUUCGUAUUUUAAAUAGAUUUAAUAUUAUUAUUAUUAUUUUAAUCUUAUGGUUUUUAGAGGAAUAAAACUUUAGAGUUUUGUCGAAA